CGGUACAAAUGACGUGGAGUUGACUUAAUGAUAUUAUUUGAUACGUUUUAAUUAAAGAAAUAUAUAAAGGGGGUAUAUCUUAUAUAGGUAAAUCAUGUUGAAACAAUGUAUACCGAAGAGUUUAACUUUAGGGACAAACAUUAUUCAGAAUAACAGAAAAGUGUAUCAAGAUAAAAUGGAAGUAGAUAUUGUGUUUGAAAGAAUGGAAGAAAAGGGCGUAUGAUGGAUUAAUCACAAAAUGGAAGAUGUGAAAAGGGAGCGGGCACUCCGCUAUCUCAACAUAACUGGUGUUAGUCAAUGUAUAGUUGGAGUGUUGUUGCUGAUCCUAGGUGUUGUUUCAAGGUUUAAACACGGACCUUACAUGGACGGUAUUCCUCCAUUUUACACUGGUGCUUUUAUUGGAAUGGCUAUGGUUCUUGUUCAAGCAGUACUCGGGCUUGCAGUGUUCAUUCGUGGCAAAGAUUGUGUUAACAAGUUAGAGGCAGCCGAAAAAAUAGGAUGUAUAAUGCAGACAUAUUGUUUAAUGGCGAUUGCAACCAAUGUUGGAUACCUGGUCGCUGUGUUGGUGGUCAGUUUUACUGGCGUUUGUUUGAAUAGCGAUUGUUCGUACAUAGAGACGCGAGAAAAUCGCCGCCUCGCCAUUACUAUCAUAGUGUUCAUAUGUGUGGGAGUUUUAACCAGUGCAAUUGGUUUGGCAAUAGUGUGCAAAUUUUCAUCAAGUUUUGGACUGAAAAUGUUAUCACGUGCUCAAUAUCAAAUUUCUAACAUGGUAGACAAUACAGACGAUGUAAUAGCCUAUAUAGCAGCAGAACAAACGGCAGGGACUAAUAUAACUGAAAAUGAAACGCAUCACCAUCAUCAUCAUAGUCAUCCAGAUCCCAGACUGGCAUUUCCAGAGCCAGAUUUUUCUACCACUCAUUUGCAACAUUAUCUUACACAGCAAUAUAGAGAUAGAAUACGAAAACGACGUAAGAAGAAUAGAAAACGAAAUAGACAAAGCAAUACAGAAAAUGAGAACCGUCGGCGGCGACAAGAAAGAGAGGCCCCGUAUGUGUUACCUCCAGUUACAGGGCUAAAUUACCACGAAAGAGAGGCCCCGUAUGUGCUACCCCCAGUUUCAGGCCACAAUUUCUACCAAAGGUCAAGGUCACCGACGAGAACACCACCGCCACCACCUCCAAGCCCGCCUCCUGCGUCUAUGCAUUAUCCACCUCCGAGUCCAUCACCCCCACUCACACAGUCUCCACCGCAAUCAAGAAGAACGCCGCCCUUGACCCCGUCGGCACUUCCAUUACCGGAUAUAAUACCACCUAGAUAUUCACCGCAACCUCAGUCUUCCGGCACGCCAUCACCACCACCACCAACUCCACCUUUACACCAGCCUGCAAUAAUACACGUGAUUCCGUGCGGUGAAACAUUUCAGGAUGAACCGCCACCUUAUUCUCCGUGAAAUAGUAUAUUAGCGAACGACAAUCGAGUUUUGAACAGUUGAUGAAAUAGUACGCAAUUGUCUCCCCUCUUUAAGAAAUGGCUACCAGUACAUUGUUCUAUUUUGAGCGAGACAAUGUUUGUAAAUCUUUUACGUAUGUAUGAUUAUGUGUUAAUAUUACAGAUUUUUACCGUAGCUCUUUAGUUGAAAAAAAUAUAAAGGGUUAAAAUGCUUUGUCUAAUAUUAUUAAUUAUGAAUUAUAAAUAAUUAAAUGUAAAAAAGA